UAAGACAUUAGAAGGAUUAGCAUAUGCACAGCCAUGGUACUGACUGACAGUACUUAAUUUUUUCAGUUAAUUUCUACAUGCAUGAGUGAAUGCCAGCAGGGUAUUGACCAGCAGACAAACAGACCAUCAAAGACCUCUCAGAAUUCAGACCUUUCUGAGUUUUGAAGUUGUAUUGUUUCCAAACGAGCUAAGUGUGCAUAGCAUGUUGUUGGAAAGUGCAGCUAGCUCCCAGUCAGUCUACAAUCACAAGCAUGAACCCUGGUCCUCUGUAGUACAUUGUGUAGAUAAGCAGCAGCAAGGCCUUUAUCAAGAGUAACCCCGCUGUAAACCGAGAAGCAUUCAUAUUUCAAUGAUCAGGAAAGAGGAGCCAGAAGGAAGCCUCUUUUCUUUGCAACAGGGAAGUAAGUCUCUUAAUUUGUAAUUGUCUUAAAAAGUGUUUCUGAGGUGUGCUGUGCUAUGACAUAUAUUGUGUUUGUAGAGUAUUUCCGAGGUGACAUGCAUGAAGGUGUUUAGUGUGGAAUGGAACUCCUGUCACACAGAGGUUGAGGACACAAAAGGAAUCCACAGCCCAAGGUCUUCAGCUUCUAACGUUAGUUCCACAAGGCUUUUUCUGUGGCUUCCGAGUAUGAGGACUACAAUUCCCAGGAUGCGCCAAUCUUUCACCAACCAGGAAAAUGAAUUUCUCCAAUGGGCGGGUCCUGGGGAAGGCUGGGUCAGGAGGAAAUUUAGCCAAUGGGUGAACUGGACAGAAUCGAAACCUUUUUUGAUUGUACCAAAGAGAUUGGAAUCUUUGGCGCCUUUGUUUUAGUGGAGGGUAGGUGAUAGACAGGUAAGUAGACCAAUGAGAACGUGGACAGGCGGAUCCAGAACGUGUGGGCGGGAAGAGAUGAUGACCGGCAGGCUGUUCGUCCAAUGAAAGGUACAGACGCUAAUACGGUGGGCCGGUGACUGUGUAGAGGCCGGUGUUUGUGGAAGUAGUGUGGGAGAUGGCGGAACCACUGAGGGGACGUAGUCCGAGGUCCCGCGGUGGCCGAGGCGCUCGGAGAGCCCGAGGCGCCCGUGGCCGGUGUCCUCGCGCCCCGCAGUCUACGACUAGGCUCAUUCCAGACACCGUGCUUGUGGACUUGGUCAGUGACAGUGACGAAGAGGUCUUGGAAGUCGCAGACCCAGUAGAGGUGCCGGUCGCCCGCCUCCCCGCGCCGGCCAAACCUGAGCAGGACAGCGACAGUGACAGUGAAGGGGCGGCCGAGGGGCCUGCGGGAGCCCCGCGUACAUUGGUGCGACGGCGGCGGCGACGGCUGCUGGAUCCCGGAGAGGCGCCGGUGGUCCCAGUGUACUCCGGGAAGGUACAGAGCAGUCUCAACCUCAUUCCAGAUAAUUCAUCCCUCUUGAAACUGUGCCCCUCAGAGCCUGAAGAUGAGGCAGAUCUGACAAAUUCUGGCAGUUCUCUCUCUGAAGAUGAUGCCCUGCCUUCAGGUUCUCCCUGGAGAAAGAAGCUCAGAAAGAAGCGUGAGAAAGAAGAAAAGAAAAUGGAAGAGUUUCCGGACCAGGACGUCUCUCCUUUGCCCCAACCUUCAUCAAGGAACAAAAGCAGAAAGCAUACAGAGGCGCUCCAGAAGCUAAGGGAAGUGAACAAGCGUCUCCAAGAUCUCCGCUCCUGCCUGAGCCCCAAGCAGCACCAGAGUCCAGCCCUUCAGAGCACAGAUGAUGAGGUGGUCCUAGUGGAAGGGCCUGCCUUGCCACAGAGCUCUCGACUCUUUACACUCAAGAUCCGGUGCCGGGCUGACCUAGUCAGAUUGCCUGUCAGGACGUCGGAGCCCCUUCAGAAUGUGGUGGAUCACAUGGCCAAUCAUCUUGGGGUGUCUCCAAACAGGAUUCUUUUGCUUUUUGGAGAGAGUGAACUGUCUCCUACUGCCACCCCUAGUACCCUAAAGCUUGGAGUGGCUGACAUCAUUGAUUGUGUGGUGCUAGCAAGCUCUUCAGAGGCCACAGAGACGUCCCAGGAGCUCCGGCUCCGGGUGCAGGGGAAGGAGAAACACCAGAUGUUGGAGAUCUCGCUGUCUCCUGAUUCUCCUCUUAAGGUCCUCAUGUCACACUAUGAGGAAGCCAUGGGACUUUCUGGACACAAGCUCUCCUUCUUCUUUGAUGGGACAAAGCUUUCAGGCAAGGAGCUGCCAGCUGAUCUGGGCCUGGAAUCCGGAGAUCUCAUCGAAGUCUGGGGCUGAAGCUCUCAUCCUGUUCGGACGCAAAGCCAAGACAUGGAGACAAUAGCUCCCAAUUUUCUUAUUGUGAUUUUUCGCCCCAUGAGGGCUAACAGAAACUGAAUUAGAACUUGUUUACUUAUUUAUUUCUGGUGCUGGGGAUUAAACCCCAGACUAUGCACAUGGUAAGGAUGUAUGAAGUUGAGGCAAAACCAAGACAUUACCUUCAGCUGGCCUCUAGUAGACUGUAGUGUCAAACAAGUGGCUACUUGGUAGUUGUGUGGCUCUGUGUAUGUUUGUGCUGUAUUUGGCAGCCCCUGGGGCACAUAGAAGGGAUCUUGGCUUCCCUACAUUUCACGUUCACUAGUGCCCUUUCCUUCAUCAGAUGACUGUUCUGUGUAGCUGCCUAUGUUGAGUGUGUUGAACUAAAUGAGCACUGCUUUGGGUGUCCAGGCCUGGGGCUUGUGCCACGGUUGGGGCCAGCAGUGACUUCCGCUCUGACUUGGGACUCAGAAUGCAUUUCCUGGUGGAGACACUCGGUUGCAGAAAUAUAACGGAAGGUGACAUACAUGCUGAAGCUGAGGACUAGGUCGAAAAGUACGUCAUUUUUAAAAGUUAACAACGUUGCAUUUUCAGCCUUGGGUAUCCUCUCUGCCUGCCAGGACUCUAGCCAGUGUCUGGUACACACUUCCUGGCAUGGACACCUAGCCAUAUUCAAGCACAUACAGCUGUUGAGUGUUAGAUCACUCUAGUUCUCUGUCUUCCUCCCUCACGCUCUCUCUCCUGUUAGUACCUAUCUGGGAUAUUUGUACCUUCGAAUAUGAAUGUCCUUAUAAGAAAAAAUUCUGAACACAUGUGGUUUUACUGUAUACACACAGAGUUGUGCAAUAGUCUGUCUUCAGUCAGAAUGAGUAACAGUCUAGCCAUGUUAGCGCCUUCUAGGUCCGUCAUUGCUUGGAUCCUCUGUGGGAGUCACACAGUGGCAUUAGAUGCUUUUACUCACACAUUGCCUUAAGGGGGAUGCCCAAGUCUCCGGCUCCUUGGAACCAUAUUCCAGGCCACAGCAAACAUCUUUCAUGUGUCCCCCUGGGCCUGGGUAGGUCAUUCUUUGGUGUACUUGUCCAGGCUGGGACUGUGGCUUAUACAGGUUCUUUUUUCUUGGGGCUUCUCUUUCCUUAUCUUUACCAGCAUUUGGCGCUGUUGAAAUCCUGAUUUUGGCAGUCAGUGUGUAUAAAGCACCACAGAUCUUAAUAUCCCUUUAUUUGAAGACCAUUUCUUACGCAUGGCCACCUUCUGGUUUUUCUUUGUCAGCUGCUGUAUUCUCGGGUGGCGGCUUCCUCUUGCGUGUGUUUCUUUUCCUUGAGGAGUUGCUUGUGUUCUGGGCGGUUGUAAAACCCUCAGAACAACACUUUGUGUAUCCAGGGGAUUUUCACCAAACAGACAUUCUUACUUUUAAUGUAUCCAGUUGACUCUUGUUAGGAAGUUUUGUUUUUUUGUUUUUAAGGGAAAAUACAAAGGAGCUUCCAGAGUGGGAGGGGCUUUAGUGGAGAAUCUCAGGAUUGAUGAGUUUGGGUUUCCAGGCUAGUUUAAGAAACUUCAAUUUUCUUCUCUUAGCUCCAUAGUUUUUUGUUCUUUUGGUUUUUUGUUGUUGUUUUUUUCUCUCAUAUUGAGACCACUAGAUGAGACUAGAGUUCUAACUGGACUACUCUGGUGUAGGUAGACUGUUCUGAGCCCUCAACCCAGGUUCUCACUGGUUGCUGCUGGGCUCGGCUAGUUCCUGACUAUUGUGUGUUACUUAUAAACUGUCUGAAAUGCACCUUUGUGUGGGAGAACAAGUUGUAUUUUGUUUUUAAUUAUAAUGAGCCAGUUUUCUAAGCUUUGUCUACUAAAACAAAAUAAAAACAUUAUAUAUAUAGUCUGAUUUUCACAAAAGUAUGCCAACUCCUUUUUUUUUUUGUGAGAAUAUAUGCUAUUCCUUCGACUUUUGUAACAUUUAAAAAUAUCCAUGAUAGAGUAUGGCUUCCAGGUUUUUCAGCUCCCGUGUGCCCAUCAGUGUAAGUCUGAACACACUAAUAUGUAUCCAUCCAAUCUCAACUGAAUAAAGGGAGAGGCCUUUUGGAGCA